AAAAAGUAGGAAGAUGGAACACCACAUAUAUACUCUCUGGAAAACCGGGUUCACAUAUUCGCACUAUUCAUGAUAGUUACUUGCGGCAGGAAUCGCAUGAGGCAGCACCUACCAGCACAUUCCACAGUCAGCUGUUUAGCACAAGGCCAUGAAGGUCGGAUCACAUAGCCGCACCCGCAUCUGCCAAUCACGAGGAAUCUGAAGGCGCCGCUGGAGCCGUAUGUUAUGACAGCAUCUUUUCUCAGUGAAGGAUGACAGAAAACAUUAAACAGCAUCAUUGAGACUUCAUAAUCCGUAGACAUGGGUCAAGGAAAGAGCCAGUUUACGGAAGAAGAACUUCAGGAUUAUCAAGAUCUGACGUACUUCACCAAAAAAGAGGUGCUAUAUGCCCAUCAAAAAUUUAAAGCAUUAGCGCCUGAGAAGGUUGGUCACAAUAAAAAUGCCAAACUACCCAUGAACAAAAUCCUCCAGUAUCCAGAACUGAGAGUAAAUCCAUUUGGAGACAGGAUUUGUCGUAUAUUUAGUUCUAGUCAUGAUGGAGAUUGCACAUUUGAAGAUUUUUUAGACAUGAUGUCAGUAUUUAGUGAUACAGCACCCAAAGCUGUCAAAGCAGAACAUGCAUUUAGGAUAUUUGAUUUUGAUGGUGAUGAUAUGCUAGGAGUCUCAGACCUACGACAAGUUGUGGACCGCUUAACCGGUCAGCAAAGGUUAAGUGAGCAAGAUAUGCAGCACUUGAUUCAAAACAUUUUGGAUGAAGCAGAUUUGGAUGAUGAUGGUGCUUUAUCAUUUGCAGAAUUUGAACAUAUUAUAUCCAAGUCUUCUGAUUUUGCAAAUGCUUUUCGGAUACGCCUUUAGCCAACUUUGGAAACCUUGGCCAGUAAUCUAUGCUCAAUUUGUUUUAUAUAUAUUUUUUUAAUAGAGUACAUUAUUAGUUUAUCAGUAUUAUUAUGGCUCUACAUGUGUGUUAUACUUUUAUUUGUAUUACAUAAUCACAUGAGAAGCAAUUUCUGAACAUUUUUCUCAUUUAUUGAAGAGCAUUGUCAUAAUCAUAAAUUAAUGAUGUUGUAAUCAGUGUUGUAAACAUUUAUCAAGUAAUUUCAAGCAACAGUUUAGUAAAAACUUUUGUACUGUAGUAACAAGUGUCACAAUUGAUAAAUUGCAAUUACUGUAAAAUGGCCACGAUGUCAGAAUCAAUAUGGAACUAUGUCUCAUAGCAAAUUCUUGUGGCAAAAAUAUUUAUAUUUAACACUUUCAUAGUUAUUUAGUGUCUACUCAUGUAUGCCUACUCAGAAUUAGCUCAUAUUAUAGUGAACCAAAGAAACUCAGGCCUGUAGUGGAGACUGGACAAUUAGAGAUUUUUCUACAAUAUAAUUAAUGUAUCUUGAAGUCAGAACUGAAUAAAAGUCUGGAAGUGCACAUUAUUUACACUGAAAAAAAAUAACAUGCCAAUUGGAUAAUCUUUUUUAUUCAUGUUAAUAAGUCAUAAAAACUGUUGACAAUGUAUAUUACCAUUGAGCCAAAUUUCCCACAUCAAUGACAAUCUGUUUGGUUGGGUGCCUAGAAUUCCUGAGAAAAAUUCAGUAUUUGUAAAAUUUUCACACAUUGAAAUGGGAAUAUUGGCCCGCACUAUGGCAAAGAUGUAUAAAAUACAAUAAUUUCAAACUUAUAAAUUGCCGAAAUUUCUUUUUGUACAAAAUUGACUUUUCCAUUUCACAAUCAAUAUAAAUCCCAUUUAUGAUUGGAGGUAACCAGGAAGCUUCAUUCUCAUAAACACCCAACAUGUAAAGAAUGAAACCAAUAUACACAAAAAGCCAACAGAUAUUAGAAGAAUGCGAUUCAAUUUAGGUGUGGACGGGCUGUGAGUGUGAUCCAAAACAACAAAACCAAGGCCU